GGAAACGCGGCCAGAAGGACGCUCUUUUUUGCUCUGCUUAUUUUCCUCUGGUUUUUGAACUUUCACACUAUCUCGUGCAUCCUUUCGGUGAAUCUCAAGCGCAGCAACGCGGAUUAAGUCUACGUUAUUAGUUAUUUAACUACGCGUCGUUACCCAUUAGUGUUUAAAUUCCCUCUUUGUUCUGGAUGUUCUAGUUUGACUCUGCACGACAUAAACGAUGGGGAAAACCCCCAAAAAGCGGAGCGUGGCUGACAAAGUUCGCAAAGUUAAGGCCUCUGCUGAAAUCAAGAAUAACCCUUUUGAGGUGAAAAUCAACCGAAAGAAGUUUGAUGUUCUGGGGAGGAAAACCAAGCAUGAUGUGGGCCUCCCGGGAGUGUCCCGCUCCAAAGCCAUCAACAAGAGAAAGGAGACCCUUUUGAAGGAGUACAGGCAGAAGAACAAAAGCAGCAAGUUCAUAGACAGGCGCCUCGGGGAGUAUGAUUCCAAGAUGGCGCCCGAAGACAAGAUCCUGCAGAGAUUUGCCAUGGAGAGACAGCGUGCCCACGAGAAGAAGGACAUGUACAACUUGAACGAGGAGGAAGAGCUAACUCAUUACGGACAAUCUCUGUCAGAAAUCGAGAGAUUCACUGACAUGGUGAACAGCGACGACGAGUCAGGGGAGAAAGGAGUUUUGUCAGCUGAGCUGACAGCCUCUCACUUCGGCGGUGGCGGGGGCCUUCUCAGGAAGAAGAACUCCGGGGAGGACCCGGAUGACGAGGGAGGUCUGAAGGCCAAGUCCCGACAAGAGCUGAUCGAGGAGCUCAUUCACAAGUCCAAACAGGAAAAGAGGGAGCGACAGGUGCAAAAGGAGGAGGCGCAUGAGCUGACGGAGAAGCUGGACCAAGACUGGAAGAGCAUCCAGGCGCUCAUGGUGCUCAAGAAGCCCAAAGCUCAGCGGGAGGAUACGCCGCAAGCUAAACCAAAACUGGAGGAGUAUGACAAGAUGGUGAGGGAACUAGGCUUUGAGAUGAAGGCUCAGCCCACGGAGAAGAUGAAGACCCCGGAGGAGCUUGCCAGGGAGGAGCGGGAGAAGCUGCAGAAACUGGAGGCGGAUCGACUGAGGAGGAUGAUGGGCGAUGAUGAGGUGGAAGGUUUGCCCAGUCGAAGUCACGCGUCGGCCGAUGAUAUCAAUGACGGAUUCAUCCUUGACAAAGAGGACAAGAAAACUUUAGCCUAUCAGGAUGGCAAGUGGAAUCUUCAGGAGGAUGCUGAAGGAGGAGAAGCUGAAGAGGAAGAAUCUGAGGAAGGAGAGUCAAAGGAGGAAGAUGGUGUCUGCAAUGAGGAUGAUGAAGAGGAGGAGGAGGAUGAUGAUGAUGAAAAGGAGGAUGAUGAUGAUGAUGAUGAAGAAGAAGAAGAGGAGGAUGAUGAUGAUGAAGAGGAGGAGGAGGACAGUCAUUCAGACUUGGAGUCGGAGAGAGAAAGUGAAGCAGAGGAGAAUGAGGAGAUCAAACCAAACCAGACAAAAGAGGAGAGAAAGGCCCAGCAGGAAGCAGCCAAAGCAGAACUUCCAUACACGUUCAGUGUUCCAGAAUCCACCAAAGACCUUGAAAAGCUACUUAAGGGUCACACCCCAGACAACCAGCGCCUCAUCGUGGCCCGGACUCAGAAGUCCAACCACCCCAGUCUGGCUGUGGGGAAUAAGCUAAAACUACAGAAACUCUUGGGUUUUCUUUUGGAGUACCUGGGAGAACUGGCUUGUCGGAGUCCGCCUGAACUCACCACCAUUGACAAGCUUAUUCCAGAGCUGUACAGCUUGUGUCAGAUGUUUCCGGAAGCAGCCUGUAAGUCCAUGCAGACCAUCAUUGGAGAUGCUGCCCACAGCAUGGAAGAAGUGCUUGAAGUCAAAGGGAACGCUCUUUUCCCAACAUUAGACAUGUUAAUUUACCUGAAGGUGGCAGCUCUGCUGUUUCCCACGUCUGAUUUCCGACAUCCUGUCACCACACCAGCUUUACUCUUCAUUAGUCAAGCGCUCACAAAGUGUCCGGUGAGAUCGUUAGAGGACUUGACAUCUGGUUUAGUGUUGUGCUGUCUGGCAGUGGAGUACGUCUCUUUUUCCAAGCGUUUCCUGCCCGAGCUCAUCAACUUCCUGGCCGGAACCUUACACCUAGCUGUGCAGGACAAGUCCUCCACAGAUUACAGCGUUGUUCCACCUUUUAGAAGGGCAGGGAAACACAGCAAUCUGCUGGUGCUUUCGAACUCUGAAUCUUGGAAGAGCUGGAGCGGCAAAACCCUGCCGUUGUCUGGCACGCAGGGACUGAUGCUGAUGAAUGACAUUGAUGGAGAUCACUACAGGUUGUCGUGCGUGUCCAUGUGCAUGGAGCUGCUAAACAGAUGCUGUGUGCUCUUCAAGGACCUGGCUUGCUUCACACACAUCUUCCAGCCAAUCACUGUGUUGCUUUCUCAACACUUUUCCUCUGAUUUAUUACCAGGGCCUUUAAUGGAGCUUCGGACAAAAAUCCUGGAGGUCCUCGGCGGCGCUCGCGUAGCUCACAGCCGCCUGGUGUUCGACAAGAAGAAGCCUGUGCCUCUGAAACUCUUCACGCCCAAGAUUGUGACGGUGUUGGACUACGGGAAGAAGCGCGGCGUGACCAGAGAGCAAAAGGAAGAGCACCGACUGCGUCACAAGUACAAGAAGGAGUUCAAGGGAGCCCUGAGAGAGAUCAGGAAGGACGCCCGGUUCUUGGCCACUGAGAAGCUCAACGACGUCAUGAAACGGGACGCGGAAAGGAAGAGGAAGGUGAAGGAGCUCUUUGGCAGCUUGGCCAUGCAAGAGGGAGAGUGGAAGGCCCUCAAGAGGAGGAAGAGGAAGUGAAUGCUCCUGCCUCACAAACGGGGUUUUUUUUUUUUACUUUUUUAACUACAACUCCACAGUUUGGGACAUUUUCAUCUUGGCCUUUGUGUCAACUCCACACGUACACGGAAGUCGUCAUGUUACAAUACACAAAUUCCUCAAUAAUGUAUUGGUAACGUCUUUUUUGCUGGCACAUUUUCAGUGAAAGUCAUCAAUAAUUAUCAGACAAGGACUAGGUGUACCUAAUGAAAUGUCUGAUACAAGAAAGAGCAGUUUCUGGUGUUAAAUGUAGAUGUCAUUUAAACAUUAACAUUUCAAAUUGUUUGGCAAAGGUCAGGUGGGCCUUUUAAAAAAAACUAUAUGCAAAAACAAAUGUUUAAAUUGCAAGUAAAGCCUCUAUUCAGACAUGA